AUGAGUGCCACCAAACCGCCGAAUGAUAUCAUUUUGUAUACGUAUGCUUUCUCGCCGUUUGGGAAGCGCGUGGCUGCGUAUUUGGCGCUGAGGGGCGUCGGGUAUGGAUUAUGCGAACAACCCUUUACGAUGCCACGUCCGGAUCUGGCGCUGCUUCCUGUGCAAUACCGCCGCAUCCCUAUUCUCACUAUCGGGUCGGAUGUAUAUCUCGACACGAGGCUGAUUCUGCGCGCGCUUGAAGCGCAUCCUGGACUCACGGGCGCACCGCUCGGCGCCUCGAAACCUGCAGAUAAGUUCGUGGGGCAGUUAAUUGAGAAAUACAUUGUUGAAGGGCCGGUGUUUGGCAUGGCAGCGGGACUAGUGCCCGUGAAAAUGGCGCAUGAACCGACGUUCUUCAAAGACAGACAGGGAAUGCUGGGAAGGAAUUGGAGUAAGGAAGAGCUGGAGGGCGGGUAUGCAGAGUGUUUGAACUACAUCAGAAACAUGGUGUCGUUCUUUGAGGAGACAAUCAUGGCGGAUGGCAGGAGCUGGGUGUUUGGCGAAGAAGGACCAAAGUUGGCAGACAUUAAUGCACUAUUCAUGCUCGACUUCGCGGCUGGUCUGCAGCUUCCAGAAGACUUUAUUUCGGCAAAACUCUACCCAAAGGUCUUCGCCUGGUUCGAUAGAUACCGCGGCGGCCGUCGAUACAGCAAAGUCGAAUGCGCCCCGACCCUACAGCGCUCGACGGCGAAGCUGCGGCGGCUUUCGUCCCAUUCAUCCGGAUCAGCGUCUGCCCACGUCUCAGUAGAUGCGAAGGACCCUACAGGUCUCAAGCACGGAGCCGAAGUCGAAGUCUAUGCAGCUGACUGGGGGACUGAGUAUAGAGACCGCGGAAGACUUGUGGGACUGACUCCAGACGAGGUAACGAUAGCUGUGAAGACGAAAGGAAAAGCCGAAAUUCGCGUACAUGCGCCGCGCACAGGGUUCAAGAUCAGGGAGAUAUGA